CAUCAAAACAAACGUAAACGGGGGUUCAAACUCCGACCCACGAAGAAGAGAUAAAAAGGCUUUCGCCUUCAAGCCGCCCAUCAAUUUUCCCCACUUCUUCUCCGGAUCGUCCCGGUGAGGUCCCGGUUUCCUCCUUCCCAUGACAUCAAGGUUGGACCGGCUCCUCCUCCUCUUGGACACUGGGUCCUCGACCUCCGUGAGGAACACUGCCGCAAAACAGCUCGCACAGCUUGCCGCGAAAAGCGUGAUCAGUGAUGUGGCUAUCGAGGAUGAUAAUUUGAAGAUUAGACAACAUGUUCCGUUGGAUGAUUCUCAAGCAUGGUCGGACCUCAUGUCUGUUGUAGCCCGAAUUAUUCCCUUUCUGCAUUCCAAAUCGUUUGAGACGCGUACUGCCGCAUCGGUCGCGCUUUCGCACAUCUUUUCAUUGGUUCCUCUAUGGCAACCACGCGCCAAACCUGAACUUGGUGAAGAACAAAUGCUGCCUGAACCGGACUUCCCCAGUUUUUCUGUCAAAGAACUCAUCACAACCGGCAACCGCUUACUCGCAUCCUCGGGCAAGGAGUUCAUGAAACCAGCCGGUAUUCUCGCUAGUCCGGCUGAGGUGAAGAAAGCCAGUAAGGCCGCCAUGAAACGCUUGGGACUCGAGUUUCUCCAGGAUGAUGAGUUGGAUGAACUAGCGGAUGAGAUGGAUGUCGAUGUCGAGGACGAAGCAGAGAUUCCAGUCAUUCCAGUUCCAAAGAAAGCUGAAGAGGACGUGGACAGCAGCGAAUGCAAGAACGUCAUGGAGUUGGAACCUCCCGUCAAACAAGAGAACACGUCCACUUCAGCCCCAACGACACGCUCAGCGACGCCUUCAGAUCCGUCGCCCACAACACCUGCUGCACCAGAACCUGAUCUCAGUAGCAUGUCAGCUCGAGAACGCAACCGCCUGAAGCGUAAAAGGAAACCUGGCAACAGUGCCUUUGUGGCCGCCCCUCCUCCUCAGACCGCCAGCAGUAAAUUCACGGCCACCCCGAGCGCCGGUAAUGCUCACAAGGCCAGGCUCGUCGCGAACGAUGACGCCAAAGCUCCGGUCACGACACGUCUCGAUUCCCCAACUGCUGACAAAGCAGUCGUCGACCCUUCCAAGGGUGGAGCGGUCUCGCCCAAAGCUGUUAAACAGUCACGCGCUCUCAACGUGAAGACCGGGACCUGGAUUUGGGACGGGGUCGUGCGAGUCCUCGAGGUGGAUCUAUUCAGUCCAGCGUGGCAAGUGCGUCACGGCGCUGCGAUGGCUUUGAGGGAGCUACUCAAAGUGCAGGGUUCGUGCGGUGGAAUGCGGGACGAUCUCGGUCGCGCUGAGAACGCCACUGCGCACGAGAAGUGGUGCAACGACCUCGCUGCGAAGUGCCUGUGUGUGUUUGUGUUGGAUCGAUUCGGAGACUUUGUGUCGGACAUGGUCGUUGCGCCUGUGCGAGAGACUGUAUCACAGACUCUGGCAGCUCUGCUGCUCCACAUGCCUCGGCGAUCUGUUUCACACGUCCACACGCUACUUCUACAAAUGAUUCAGCAAGAUUGGGUCAUGCCAGCUGUGACCAAUGGGUCUAAGCGUAAGACUGCAGCCAAAAGCAGUCCCGACAAGCCUCACAUAUGGGAAGUUCGGCAUGCCGGUCUCCUGGGGAUCAAGUACGAGGUCGCGGUCAGGGGUGAUCUAUUCAGUGGCAGACCUCUGUUGUCGAAGACUGAAGAGGAUGCUGAUGCCAAGGCUGUGAAAAUCGAAGCUGAUGAUGUUCAGCCUGACUCGUUUGAUGAGUCGGGAAAGGAGGUUCUCCGGGGUGUUGUCGAGGCUGCCAUUUUGGGCUUGGGGGACGAUGACGACGACGUGCGCUCUGUUGCUGCUUCCUGUCUCCUGCCCGUGGCAGCGCACUUGGUUUCGCAGCUGCCAGAUGUAUUGGACAGAGUGCUGAUCGUUCUCUGGCGCUGUCUGAGCAAUAUGAAGGACGAUCUGAGCUCUAGCGUCGGUGCCGUCAUGGACCUUCUUGGUAAGUUGGUCAGCUACGACCAGGUCAUCACUAUCCUCGCAGAUCAAACCUUCGCCAUUCCUUUGAACACCCUGGCUCCGACUCUGUUUCCCUUCUUCCGACACACGAUUCCCAAUGUCCGUUUGGCCGUGGUGAAUACGCUUGCCUCCUUCAUGGCUGUACCGGCUUUGCCCCGCGAUUGGAUCGAGGAGCCCUUUCUCCGUCUCCUUUUCCAAAACCUCGUUGCCGAAGAGCGAGAAGAUGUUCGAGACUCGACGCUGGCUGCUUGGCGCACAGCGGCAGUCAUCUUGGCGGGGGCACCUGGUCGCAUCGAGUCAGUCGUCAACCAGGCUGUGGUGCUGCAGUGGUAUGCGAUCACCAUGACCCCCCUGGGCAUAGCCGUCGAUACGACGACGUUCUAUCACCCCAGUGUCGAGAACGCCGCGGCCAAUGCUAAUGUUCCGGAACGUCACAAUGUGGACAAAAACAUGCUGACGCAAGACCUCGCCCUGGUGACGGCUGAGACGACGCUCCAGGCGCGUGUCGCGGCUGCAAAAGCUCUCGCUGAACUGCUCUUCCGAUGGCCUGAGCAGGCCCCUCCGGUCGAGGAAUGGUUUGGCCCGAUCCUCACGCAUUACGUCGACUCGACUAGCAUGCUUCAAAAGUUCCUUGGUGCUGUCAUUGCUGAAGAAUGGGCCCGCGAAUACGACGAUGCCCUUCCCUCAGCACCCCGGCUGACUGAAAAGUCGACUCUCGCCCAAGAGAUCAGCGGCAAGACUUUGGCGUGGCUGCAAGCACCGCUGCCAGCGGCGUAUCACGAGAUGACCGUGUCCCUAAUGCGCAUCCAUGCCGACUGCGUGGCUAUGCUUACUUCAUUCUCCACAGAUUGCCGGCUGCCCAUGUCGUCUAUUCCCCAUCUAGGUACGGAAGUGGAUGUGACUGGCACCAGAGAAGGCUGCUUCAAUCUGGAGGUGGCAAACAAUGCUGUCAAUCAGCAGUACACCCGAUUAAAGGACAGCUUGGGUCGCACCAAGAAGAAGGAGCUGGCUGUCAUUGCAGAGAAAAGGACAACCAUCCUGGCCAGCAUCGAGCGCUACGUGGAGAUCAAGAACCAGAACGAUACGCGAGUGUCCGCUGCGUUCGCUGGGGCCUUCGUUGCUUUCCAUGGCGCACCUGACAAGGUCAGUCCUGUUGUCAAGGGCAUCAUGAACGGUAUCAAGAACGAGGACAACAUCGAUCUUCAAACUCGCUCUGCAGCGGCUGUAGCUUCCUUCAUCGAGUUCUGCACCAACCACAACAUCCCCAGCCCUCCGGAGAAGAUCGUCAAGAAUCUAUGCACAUUCUUGUGUCAGGAUACCGAGCAAACCCCCACCUUCUCGUACAACAACCAGCAUGCUGAUAUCAUUCUGUCGUUCCGUGAUGCCACCGUCACUGCGGCCGCGGAACCAGAAAGCGGUGCGAAGGACAAGGCGAAUAAGCCUACUCCCGAGGAAGCUACCAAGCAUCGUUUGGCCAGGCGUGGUGCGGGAUUGGCCUUCAACAAGCUUUCAUCCAAGUUCGGGCCACGCAUUUUGGACGUGAUCCCGAACAUGUGGCCUUUCAUGGUAGGGGGACUGAUAUCCGCUUUCCCACCCGAUGCAUCCACGGAAGAAGCAGACACUUUGAUGGCCAAAAAGUACGGCCAAGAUGUGAUCGAUUCGCUGAGCGUCCUCGAAGCUGUCGGCCCAACACUGCAUCCUGAGCUCUGGUUCAAACUCGUUGGGACAUUCCCCAUGAUGCAGACCGCACUGCAGAGCAAAUAUGCAAUCAUCCGCAAGUCGGCGGCCCGCUGCUUUGCAACUUUGUGCGAUGUGAUCAUCGGAGAUGCCAUGCGAUAUGUGAUCGAGAAAGUGAUCCCGCUUUUGGGCGAUCCCCUCGUGCUCGCUCACCGCCAGGGUGCGACCGAGUUGCUAUAUCAUGUUGUGCAAAGGCUGGAUAUCAAGGCUCUGCCCUAUGUGAUCUUCCUGAUUGUCCCCAUUCUCGGUCGAAUGAGCGACUCGAACGACGACAUCCGGUCACUGGCCACCAAUACAUUUGCGUCCCUAGUGAAGAUGGUUCCGCUCGAGGCUGGUCUGCCCGAUCCGCCCGGCUUCCCGGAAGAAUUGCUCCAGCGUCGGCAGACUGAGCGUCAGUUCCUGACCCAGUUAUUGGAUGGGUCCAAGGUCGAGGAAUACAAGAUUCCAGUCGCAAUCAAAGCCGAUUUGCGCAAGUAUCAACAAGAUGGGAUCAACUGGCUCGCGUUCCUGGCAAAGUAUCAGUUGCAUGGAAUCUUGUGUGAUGACAUGGGGUUGGGCAAGACCCUGCAAUCGAUUUGUAUUCUGGCCAGCAAGCACUACGAGCGGGAUGCGCGCUACAAGGAGAACCAAACGCCUGAUGCAGUGCACCUGCCGUCGCUGAUCAUCUAUCUCAAAUAUGUCGAGAAUCUGCGUCCUUUGCUCUACACCGGCAACACCCGCGAACGCACCAAACUCCUCACCAAAACGAAAUCUUACGAUGUCGUUAUCACCUCAUACGAAGUCGUCCGCAACGACAUUGACCAGCUCAAGAACCACGACUGGCUAUACUGCGUUCUAGACGAAGGUCAUGUCAUCAAGAACGCGAAGACGAAGCUGACCAAGGCAGUCAAACUCAUCAAGGCGCAGCACCGGCUGAUCCUCUCGGGCACCCCGAUCCAGAACAACGUGCUCGAAUUGUGGAGUUUGUUCGACUUUUUGAUGCCUGGGUUCCUUGGGACGGAGGGCUCGUUCAAUGAGCGGUUCGGCAAGCCGAUUCUGGCGAACAGGGACGGAAAGGCCAAAAACGGUGAAGCCGCUGCUCUAGCGCUGGAGGCUUUGCACAAACAAGUCCUGCCUUUCCUUCUGCGUCGUCUCAAGGAAGACGUGUUGAAUGAUCUGCCGCCCAAGAUUAUCCAGGACUACUACUGCGAGCUGUCUGAAGUGCAAAAGUACCUGUACGACGACUUUUCCAAGUCAACAGCGCAUGAGGAUGCGGAGAGUGCCGUCAAGACAGGUGACGAGAAACAACCGCACGUUUUCCAGUCGCUGCAGUACCUCAAGAGGCUGUGCAAUCAUCCGCUCUUCGUGCUCAAGGACAACGCACAGGCCAUCCAAGCCGCAUUGGGCAAGUCGUCUGCGAACCUGCACGAGCUCACCCAUGCGCCGAAGUUGCUCGCUCUGAGGCAAAUUCUCACGGAUUGUGGGAUCGGUGGUGCGGUCGGCCCAGCUCUGGACUCCGGCAAGAGCGAGCUUAUCGACACCGAGCCGGAAUCGGGCGGAGCCUUCUCGCAACACCGGGUGCUCAUCUUCUGCCAGAUGAAGCAGAUGCUGGAUAUCAUCGAGACCGAUCUAUUCAAGAAGCACAUGCCGUCCGUGACCUACAUGCGGCUGGACGGCACGACCGACACGAAGAAACGACACGAUGUCGUGCAGACCUUCAAUGCCGACCCGAGCAUCGACUGUCUGUUGCUGACGACCCAUGUGGGAGGCCUGGGUCUCACACUCACCGGCGCCGACACGGCGAUGGAUCGGGCGCAUCGUUUGGGCCAGAAGAAGGUGGUCAAUGUGUAUCGACUAAUCACUAAGGGAACCUUGGAGGAGAAGAUCAUGGGUCUGCAACGGUUUAAGCUGAACAUUGCCAACUCGGUCGUGACGCAGCAGAAUGCGGGGCUGGCGUCCAUGGACACCGACCUCGUCUUGGAUCUCUUUAAGCGCACCAGCGCCGAGGAAGACGCGGCCGCUGCGGCCAAGCGCAAAGCGAAAGAGGCGGCUGCUGCUGCAUCAGGGCCCGUGAGCCAGAAGAAUCUGCUGCAGGGUCUGGACGACCUGCCCGCGGAGGACGAGUACCACGGCCUUGAUCUGUCCAGCUUCAUGGGCUCGCUAGGGCGGUGAGGCGAAAUUGCUUUUGGUUGAUAUCUUUAUUCCCGUUUGCAUGCACGACUUAGAACACCACGCAAUGUACACUUGUAUCUCAUAGC